AUGGAAGAGGCAGAGGGGAAGAUGGUGCAGAUGAAGCUGACGCCGGUGAUGACAGGUAGAGCAAAUGAAUCUAAAAAGUUAUAUGGAGUGCAGUUCCACCCUGAAGCUGGCCUUACAGAAAAUGGGAAAGUAAUACUGAAGAAUUUCCUCUUCGACAUAGCUGGGUGCAGUGGGACCUUCACUGUGCAGAACAGAGAACUUGAGUGCAUUCACGAGAUCAAAGAGAGGGUCGGCACAUCAAAAGUUUUGGUUUUGCUCAGUGGUGGAGUAGACUCAACAGUUUGUACAGCUUUGUUGAAUCGUGCUUUGAACCAAGAUCAAGUCAUUGCUGUGCACACUGAUAAUGGCUUUAUGAGAAAACGAGAAUGUCAGUCUGUUGAAGAGGCCCUCAAAAAGCUUGGAAUUCAAGUCAAAGUGAUAAAUGCUGCUCAUUCUUUCUACGAUGGAACAACAACUCUACCAAUAUCAGAUGAAGACAGAACUCCACGAAAGAGAAUUAGCAAAACCUUAAAUAUGACUACGAGUCCUGAGGAGAAAAGAAAAAUCAUGGGAGAUACUUUUGCUGAGAUUGCCAAUGAAGUAAUUGGAGAAAUGAACCUGAAACCAGAGGAGGUUUUCCUUGCCCAAGGUACUUUAUGGCCUGAUCUAAUUGAAAGUGCCUCCCUUGUUGCAAGUGGCAAAGCUGAACUCAUCAAACCCCAUCAUAACGACACAGAGCUUAUCAGAAAGUUGAGAGAGGAGGGAAAAGUCAUAGAACUUUUGAAAGAUUUUCAUCAAGAUGAAGCAAGGAUGUUAGGCAGAGAACUUGGACUUCCAGAAGAGUUCGUUUCCAGGCAUGCACUCCCAGGUCCAAGCCUGGCAAUCAGAGUAAUAUGUGCUGAGGAACCUUAUAUUUGUAAGGAUUUUCCUGAAACCAACAAUAUUUUGAAAAUAGUAGCUGAUUUUUCUGCAAGCAUUAAAAAGCCACAUACACUAUUACAGAGAGUCAAAGCCUGCACAACAGAAGAGGAUCAGGAGAAGCUGAUGCAAAUUACAAGUCUGCAUUCACCGAAUGCCUUCCUGCUACCAAUUAAAACUGUGGGUGUGCAGGGUGACUGUUGUUCUUAUAGUUAUAUGUGUGGAAUCGCCAGUAAGGAUGAGCCUGACUGGGGAUCUAUUUUCCUGGCUAGACUUACACCUCGCAUGUGUCACAACAUUAACAGAGUUGUCUAUAUAUUUGGCCCACCAGUUAAAGAACGUCCUACAGAUGUUACCCCCACUUUCUUGACAACAGGGGUGCUCAGUACUUUACGCCAAGCUGAUUUUGAGGCCCAUAACAUUCUCAGGGAGUCUGGGUAUGCUGGGAAAAUCAGCCAGAUGCCGGUGAUUUUGACACCUUUACAUUUUGAUCCGGACCCACUUCAGAAGCAGCCUUCCUGCCAGAGAUCCAUGGUUAUUACUUUUUUUAUUACUAGUGAUUUCAUGACGGGUAUACCUGCAACCCCUGGCAAUGAGAUCCCUGUAGAGGUGGUGUUAAAGAUGGUCACUGAGAUUAAGAAGAUUCCUGGUAUUUCUCGAAAUAUGUAUGACUUAACAUCAAAGCCCCCAGGAACUACUGAGUGGGAGUAA